UAUCCCUAUCACUUAGAUAUUGACUUUUCUAGAGCUUUCUUAGUUUCUUAUAAAGAUUAUAAGAAAAAUAAUUUAGAACGAAAAUGGCAAAUAAAAUUUAUCAAUUACUUUUCAAACGAACUUCUACAUAUGCCCUAUCAAUUGCAGUAGGUGCAUUUAUUUUUGAACGUACCUUCGAUACAACCUGCGAAGCAUUUUUUGACAAUGUCAAUAAAGGGAAAUUAUGGAAACAUAUUAAACACCAAUACGAAUAAAUGUCUUAAUUUAGCAAUAGUAGGAAAAUAGAAAAUUGUACAGAAGUUAUGUGAAUUAUUUUAUUUAUAAUAAUAAAGUUAUAAAACAA